GUUCACUGUUGGAUGCAGUUUUCAUGUUAUCUGAUGAUUUUAUGAUGAAAAAUAUUGACAGGAAUCUCGCAUUAUCUCGUUGUUAUUUUAUGAACAAUCCCCUUCAACAUUCAAAUUCAACACAAUGCUUGAGGUAACACAUGUGGAAAAGGGAUCGAUUCUCCAUAUUCCGUAGAAUGUCGUACUCUAUGCAUUUAUGUACUUAUUAAUUUACCUGCAUCACACAUAAUAGCUGUAAUAAAUUUUACUGAUGAAAUAUUUUUCCGUAUCCAUGGUCCGCAGACGUAAAUUGUGGUGUAUCUUUUUAAUUGUUUUAUACCCGUUUCUAUGUUUUUACUUUUGGUCCUCAAAAGAAGAAAUCCGGACAGUGUAUGAUAUACCGUUAUCUACUCCAAGGAUACAACGUCAAACAAUUCCGCCAGUGUUAAAGAGAAAAGCUUACUUUCAUACAGUUCACGACUCUGGGGGACCAGGACAAAACGGGACUGGUGUCUCAGUCAAAGAAAGCGACCUCAAAGGAGAGGACCUCAUACGUUACAAAAAAGGAUAUGAACUAUAUCUAUACAACGCAUUCGUCAGCGACAUCAUUCCUCUUCACCGGAACUUCCCACCACAGAUACUAGAGAAGGGGUGUUAUGACAUUGAAUACGAUGUCAAUUUACCAGAAGUUAGUGUAAUAAUUCCAUUCAGAAACGAGGCUUUUUCUACAUUACUGAGAACAGUGCACAGUGUUCUUGACAAAUCAAAUUCUGACUUUCUUCGGGAAAUAGUGCUGGUGGACGAUGGAUCAGAUCUUGAGGAUUUAAAAACUAAACUCGGCCUAUACCUAUCUCAUCUUCCAAAAGUGAACCUUGUUCGACUACCAGAAAGUAAGGGACUUAUGACGUCACGACAGACAGGGAUAAAUCAUGCUAAAUCUGACGUCAUCAUUGUUAUGGAUUCUCACAUAGAGGUAUCGCCAGGAUGGUUGGAACCAUUGUUACAGAGAAUUAAGGAUGAUCCUAAAGUCAUGGUUUUUCCAAAAAUGGGUGGGAUCAACAGUGAUAAUUUCGAAAUUGCAAUGAGCAAACUGGAAGAUCCGGUGUACUUGGUCACGUUUGAUUUCUUCAUGGCGGAGAACCACGUACCAACUAAAUCAGAAUACCUGAACAGCCGCCCACACAGGCUUGCCCCAAUAAAAGCACCUGGCAUCCAAGGUAUGGCUUUUGGAAUCAACAAGGCGUUCUUUCAAAGUCUUGGAGGAUUUGACCUUGGGAUGAAGGUUUGGGGAGCUGAGCAAUAUGAACUGUCCAUCAAGGUGUGGCAGUGUGGAGGAUCGAUAGAGAUGGUGCCAUGCUCCAAUGCCGCGCACCUGUACAGAAAUGUAGCCUGGAUAAAUGAUCUCAACAAAGAAAAACCUAAUAACAACGACAGAGUCAUCGAUGUCUGGAUGGACGACUAUGCCAAAAUCUUCAAAGAAAUGUCUGGGAAUAAAACGAAAUUGCAAAGUGGAAAUAUUACAGAGCGCUUAAUGGUCAGGAAGAGAAAUAACUGCAAAUCAUUUCAAUACUUCUUGGACAAAAUACGACAAUACGUUCAUUAUUAUGUUCCCGAAAACCUAAAAGCCAAAGGAAGGAUAGAAAAUCCAGCGUCCAAUCUCUGUGUUGACGGUAGAACAAAUGCAUUGUUUUCCAACGAGCUCAUCAUCGCCUAUCCUUGUCACCUUAGGGGAGGUCCGCAGUACUGGGAAAUAUCUGAAAAUGAUGAAAUACGACACGGAAUGAUUUGCUGUUCUAAAAAGGACCACAAUAUUGCCGCACAAUCUUGCAAUGCCAACAACAACCACAAAUGGUUGUAUGAACUCUCCGGGGAGCUGAUACACAAGGAAAGCGGUCUGUGUCUCACGGUCGUGGCUAGUGAACAACCCUUAAUUCUGGCAAAAUGUGAACAUUUACCAACACAACAGUGGAACAUGCACAGGACUUGAAAGUGCAGUCAAUGUACAUUGAAUAUCUUGCCACUUGAGUACGUAAAGGUACAUGUAUAUUGCGGAUGUAAUUUAUUAGUACGUCAGGAGUCGUUGUGGGUGCAUUUAGUGAAACUGCGAAGCUGCAACACUUAAAUCUAUUUUUCAGUGAACAAGGUUUUUUUGGAAACCUAUCAGACUACAGUUUGCUACAUUGUAGUAUUGAACACAUGUAUAUGGAUAAAUCAUGUUCUGUCAACGCUUAACGAAAUAAAAUGAUUAUCUUGA